UUUGGUCGGCAACGGCCCAAAACGAAGAGAGAAAGAAGAAGCAGUGUUGGUGUUUCAGAGAAGAGGGUUUAGCUGAGAUCGCAACAAGAAAAGUGAUUCAUCAUUCGUUGAUUGGAAGAGAAGAAAAGGGGCGAAGCAGAAAUCAUCGAGCUAUGGAUGUGAUAAAGACGCAGCAGAUAUCAUGGAGAGCGAUAGAGAAGGUGAUAGUUCACCCUUUGGUGUUGCUGAGCAUAGUCGAUAACUACAACAGGGUCGCCAAGGACACUCGCAAGCGCGUCGUCGGCGUCUUGCUUGGUUCCUCUUUCAAAGGCACCGUUGACGUUACCAACAGCUACGCCGUUCCUUUUGAAGAAGAUGAGAAAGAUCCUAGCAUCUGGUUUCUUGACCACAAUUACCAUGAAUCGAUGUUUUCCAUGUUUAAGAGAAUCAAUGCAAAGGAGCAUGUUGUGGGGUGGUAUAGCACUGGUCCAAAACUUCGAGAGAAUGACCUCGACAUUCAUGGUUUAUUCAAUGACUAUGUUCCAAAUCCUGUUUUGGUUAUAAUUGAUGUCGAGCCGAAGGAGUUGGGAAUUCCUACAAAAGCUUACUAUGCUGUUGAAGAGGUUAAAGAGAAUGCCACUCAGAAGAGCCAAAAGGUCUUUGUACAUGUGCAAUCAGAAAUUGCUGCUCAUGAAGUUGAGGAAAUAGGAGUGGAACACUUGCUUAGAGAUGUGAAGGAUACAACAAUUAGCACCCUUGCGACAGAGGUAAGUGCAAAACUAACAGCCUUGAAGGGUUUGGAUGCAAGACUUAAAGAGAUAAGAAGUUACCUUGAUCUUGUCAUUGAUGGAAAGCUUCCCUUAAACCAUGAGAUCCUGUAUCAUCUGCAGGAUGUAUUCAAUCUGCUACCAAAUCUUAAUGUCACUGAUCUGAUCAAGGCUUUCGCAGUGAAAACGAAUGAUAUGAUGCUGGUAAUAUACCUAUCGUCUCUCAUUAGAAGUGUAAUUGCACUUCACAACUUGAUUAACAACAAGAUGCUCAACAAAGAACAUGAAAGGGCAGAAGACUCUAAAUCAGUGACGGUACCAACUACAGCUGGAAGUUAAGGUUUUUGAGAGUGUUGUGAUGCUUGGAGCUCCAAGGGCACAGUCAUUUAAUACAACUUUCCGGUCACUUGCGUUGGUCUUAUUGAGCAUUCCUGCAUGGGUUAGGGAAAUACAUGUAACAUGGCACAAUGAUCUUUUUACCAUAGGAUUUUUAUUGCUUCCGCUCGUGGCUUUUUUAGUAUGUAUUUUAUUCUUAAAUACUCUGCUCAUUUUUUGUUUUUGGUUAUCUGAUAGCUUCAUUCACAACCUUUAAAGAGUAACACCCGUUCACUAUUAUAAACAAAUUGACCACGACAUCAGAAAUUGAACCUUAU